UUCAACUCGACUUUAAAGAAGAAAAUAUGCCAGCAAAAGUUAAUAGAAGAUUGUAUAUGACACUAGCUAGAGUCUGUCCUGCAGGAAUACGGGUUCCUCUUGCCAUCGGACAACCUUCUCUUUGGUGCUACAAUCAAACGUUGACGGAUGACCUUCUCAUGUUAACUCAAACUCUAUAUACAAAUUUACAUGUAUCUGUGAGAACAGAAAGAAGAAGGGUAAGCCUCCAACGUUUUGCGUAUGUACUGAAACGCCUACCUCUCCAGCUGGGAACAAAUGCUUUCAACAGUGUUAUUCUCAGGUGUCUCCUUGACACGCGUCAUGAGGUGGACGCCGCAACAUCUUUCAAAGUUAUCAAUAUACAAAAAAGCUCAGUUCCAUUGAAGUUUUCUCGGAGCAAUCUACAUCAAAUGCCUGGAACCUGAUUUGUGUAUUCAGAAAGAGGCGGUUAUCAGUC